AUGUCGGGUGUCGAUCAAAUCGUCAAGACGUUCGCCGACCUCGCUGAGGACGACCGUGAAGCGGCAAUGAGAGCUUUCUCAACGAUGAUGCGUACCGAACCUGUUCGCCGAAUCCCCGCGGCAAAGAAGAAGGUCAACGGCUUCAUGGGUUUCAGAUCGUACUAUUCCCCGCUCUUCUCUCAGCUCCCGCAAAAGGAGAGAUCGCCCUUCAUGACCAUUCUCUGGCAGCAUGAUCCCUUCCACAAUGAGUGGGAUUUCAUGUGCUCGGUGUAUUCGUCAAUCCGGACCUACCUUGAGCAGGAGAAGGUUACUCUGCAACUCUGGAUUCACUAUGCUGUCGGCCAUCUGGGAGUGAUUAUCCGCGACAACUACAUGGCAUCGUUUGGCUGGAACCUCGUCCGUUUUCCCAACGGCACUCACGACCUCGAGCGCACGGCUCUUCCUUUGGUUCAGCACAAUCUCCAGCCCAUGAACGGCUUAUGCCUGCUCACCAAGUGCCUCGAGAGCGGAUUGCCUCUUGCCAAUCCUCACUCUGUCAUCGCCAAGCUUUCAGAUCCUAGCUACGACAUGAUCUGGUUCAACAAGCGUCCUCACCGUCAGCAGGGACACGCCGGUCAAACUGAUGAAUCUGAAGUUGGAGUUUCGGCGAUGUUCCCUCGCAAUCACACGGUCGCUGUAGAGGUAGAUGGCAUCAUCAAUCUUCCUCUCUCCCAUUGGAUUCAGCAGGGAGAAUUCGGUACCGAGUCUGGAUACUCAACUCAGUUUGAGACCUUGUUGGAUUCAAUCCUCGAGAAUGGACACGCCUCCAGCAAUGACCCUUACAACAUGGCUCUGGCUAUCGAUGUUCCCAUGAUGGGAUUUAACGGAGGAGCAUAGAAGCACGGCGCAGUCACCAUUUCCUUUCCUUUGUCACAUCUGGAUUUCGUGUUACGGGCAUACAAAGCGAGGGCGAAAAGGGUCUAGUUAGGUUUCUUUGUGCAUACAUUUGGGGCAAAUCAUGAGACUUCAGAAUCGAACGGGGUGGAAUGGGCAAUUACACGGCAAGGAGACAGGUACCCGCCUAGAAGGCGAAAGAGUAUCAAAUAAAAUCAAAUCAGCG